AUGAUGUAUACUUCGCAAAUCAAGUCGAUCAACAAGAAGGCCCGCAAGGAAGGGAAACUUGACGCUGUGUGCAUAGCUUAUCAACAGCACAAGAGAUUAGUGAGCAAAACGUGCAGAAAGAAGAUGUCAGCAUCAGAAAAGCUCUUCUUUGCAGAAUUUCUGACGUGGAAAUGCUUUUGGCCACACAAUCAAUUUCCGGACGUCCAUUUCCAGAAGCCUAGACACAAUACACCCAAACAGAAUGCGGAUCACGCGGCUGAACAACAAGCUUUAUACACUGCCUUCUAUGAAUGGUUCCCCAAGGACAAAGAAAUUAUCAUCCCGCGGAAUAGUCGGGCGAAGAAAUUGGCCAAGAGGCAGAGAAGGGCUGUGAAGAUAAAGGCAAAGGAAAUGCAGACUGGACAAGCACAAAACAAGAUCAACGACCAAUCUCUAUCAGGGCAAGAAGAAUUGUCUGAGGUAUCAGAUUCCGAGGAGGAGAUAGCGGUUCUAGAGGCCACGAAGAGGAAGACAGAAGCCAACGUCGGAAAGGAUCGAGUGGGGGCUGUGGAUUUGAAUAAUAUGAAGGCAGUUGAGUCUCUUAAGAUUCUUCCAUCUGUUGUCAGUCGAAGUGACGUAGCUCGUCAGGGUGAAAGAGUGGAGGGAGGGCAAAUCUUUCCCCGCAUGCGCGAGCUUGCCUUGCGAGAUGGCAUUCAAAUCGGAGAGGUAAACAUCCACUACAGGAAAUGUCUGGAGACGUUUCGAAGCAACGGACCCCAAUAUACUCCACCCCAUCAGCAAUGGGAUGCUGAAUGGCGAACAUGGAUCGCUUUUUGGCCCGACGAGCAUUUCCCUGGCGUGGAGCCUCUGCCUGCACAUUUCACACCUCCUGAGCCUCCAGCGGAAAUAUCUUCCGAAGAAGACCUUAUGAUCCAUACUUCAACCAUUCCUGCCGGUCCACGAGCUGGGCGACCAUUUCCACAAAGCUUGGCCUCCCAGAAGUCGGCAUAUGAGCUGCAUAAGGUGAAAAAAGAGAAGGGACAGCAUGCGGCAAUCCCAAAGCCUUUAGCUCUUGUUGGUGGCCCGAAGAUAUGCGGAGGAUGUCGAAAGUCAGGACAUGUUCUGGCAGAUUGCACCUACAAUGUCGAUGAAUACGGAUUCAUUGAUGGGUGUCCGCACUGUAACACUGUCGAGCAUCGAAUUGAUGACUGUCCUGGCAGAUCUACAGCAAUACCAGGUCGGGGCAAACUCAAACGAAAGACAUUAUUCUCCUUGUUGGUCAGGGGUAGAGCUGGAAAGCCGCCUUUCAGAUCGGCUGUAGAUUUCCGCUUUAUAAGUCCUGAUCAAUUCCGAACUUUGGAUGCUUUCCCACAGACCUGUCAGUUCGCUCUUGCUAGAAGAGACCGAAGAUUGUAUCCACAAAGCCAUAAGGACCGCGUUAUGGACUCAUCAUGGCUUGACCAAACUACUAUCGUUUCUCAGAUUCAUCCACUGGAUGCCCCCCCAAGUUUACGCCUAACUCCAAAUGCUGGUAGUGAUAGCCCUUAUUCACGACGAUGGCAGAUGCACCAUAAUGAUGAAAGAAACUUUGGCAGCAGUCAUAUUCUACGCCAGUAUCCGCCAGCAGCUGAUACUCCUACAAAUCCAAGGAUCAAGCCGGAGCCAGAAGAUGAGAGGAACGCACAGCUUCGUCACUCCCCUGAGCGUCUUGGUAGUCCCGCAAUUGAGAGACAUGUAGACAUCAAAGAAGAGCUAGAAGAGCAUGCGAUUGAGCAGCUUCGUCUAGUCCCCAGUAUCGAUGCACCACUACAAGCCAAUGAGGCACAGAAGCUCAAUCAAGAAUCAGGAGAUGUGCUGAGCUCUCGCACAACACUACCGGAGCCGAGAGCUAGGACUACAUUUGCGAACGAUACGGAGUCUGCUAAGCAAAGAGCAUACGAUUCGCGGAGAGAACGGUCACAGAGAACCAAGACUUCCACCGAUAAUGUUGAAGUCAAGUAUCCUUGUGUUCCUUCGUUUCCUGGUCUUCACCCUCAGAUUUCCGUAAAGGCACAAACUUCUAACGUUUUGACUGGCCCUGGUGAACUCAAGUAUCCUUGUGUUCCUGCGUUCCCUGGCUUCCAUCCUCAACCUUCUGUCAAAUUCGGCGUUCCCGGCUUUUCGGGUCCAGAGAAGGUCACGCAAGCAUUUGCGAUAAAGAACAGCGGUCGACUCUUGGAUUUGGAGACUAAGAAAGAAUCAGUUAAAAAGCUUUUACCCAACUGGACAGGAAAAGUCUGUGGAAACUGUGGUGAGGGACAUAGGAUCCAGAAAUGUCCAUUACCUUGCUUCUUGUGCAAAGGGGCCACACACAAGCCUGUCAACUGUCCUUUCAACUGA